AUGUACAAGUGGGUCACAUUUGGUGCAAUGACAUUAUCAACUCUAUUAGUGAUGUUUGGAGCUUCUCCGAUCUUUGAAGUGAACGAAGAUUCAAUAGAAAUAACCCCAGAACCUCUUAAUACUUCAGAGAUACUUGACUUUAUUAAAAAAGAUGGUUCUUUUUAUAAUUCUAUGGAUGUGAGUAAAACUCAAGAUCUCAUUCAUGAGAUUGGAGAGGAUUCUGAACAAUCUCAAAUCGAACCAAUCGCUGUGCGGAAAGAAAAUGAAGAAACACUGGAAAUCAUAGAAAAAGAAGUUAUUCAAGAGGAAAACAGUGAUUUGAAAAAAGAUCAACUAUUUGAAAAUGAAAUGAAAAAGAGAGAAGUUGUGAUUGUUAAAAAUGAAAAAGGAGAUUAUGAACUUUUAGUCAUCAACUGUGUCGUUUCGCUCUUCAUCGCAGUGAUUGAAACUCACUUCACAAUCACAAUAUUCUUUUCGUAA